UAGGAGGGUGUAGCGGCCGGGUUGGAUCUCGGCCUUCGGGGUAAAACGAGGCGCGCCACCCGGCGGCCACAGAGCGCGCUUCCUUCCGCGUCACUUCCUUGUUCUUCUUUGCUUGGAAGGAGAAAACUUUUUCACGGAGCCGACUCGUCGUCCGGACUUGUGUGACUUUAUUUCAACCGAACUAACAUUAAAUAUUGAACCUCAAACAUCUCAUCCACCUCAUCCGUCGCUCGCUCCUCCGGGCGGACAGUUAAAGUUCUAGUUAUUAUGUCGGACCGCCGGGAAGAGGAGCGAGAAGCCGGAGACACGGAGCCGCAGGAGGAGCUGCAGGGCGCCGUCGGAGGGGAAGAUGUGAUUGAUGAUCCCAUCCUGGAGCAAGGAGCAGUGGUCCUCAGAGCGUAUGUGAUAGAACGUAUAAACACAGAGGAGCCCGACCGACACGUGUCCUCUGAGCAUCUGGGAGGACGGCCUAACGAACAACGGGACCCACAAGUCAAAGAAGUGGUGGAACAGCUGCUCAAGAUUGCAGAUGAGAUGAACAGGAACACUGAGCUCCAACGACUGAUCAACCAGGUUCAGGCCAACUGUGCUCAGGACAUCUUCAUGAAGGUGGCCAGGAGCAUCUUCGCUGAUGGCAUCAACUGGGGUCGAGUGGUGGCUCUCUUCCAUCUGGCCUACAGACUCAUACACAAGGCACUGACUACCAACCAUCUAGAGAACAUCAGAACAGUGAUCAGCUGGGUUCUCCAGGUCAUCAGAGAGCAACUGUACACCUGGCUCGUUCAGCAGGGAGGCUGGGAGGGGGUGAUCAGAGGUUUUCCUCGGUGGAGGACAGUCGCCAUCGUAGCAUCCGUAGCACUGGUGGCAGCUUUCGUUUACUACAGGAAGACCCGCUGAGAGCAUCAGACCUCUCAACCUCACAACCAGGGCUGCAGUCCCAUCUCCUGGAUAAAAGCAGCUUGUUAAUAAAGACAAUUUUACAAUUUCAACCACUCCUCAACCUCCACCUCAUUAACUAGUGGUGGUCAAAUACUGUAUUUAGAGGGGGCAAGGGACCUCCUCUCUUCUCAGGAUUCCAAGAACAAAAAAAAGUGCUUUUGCAUCCACUGGGCAUCUCCAUCAUCCUUCACCAGCAACUGUAUGGAAGUACAAGAGCUGCUGCGACACAACCCUCUAGCAGCCAUAGUGGAGGCUCUCAGCAGAUGAUGGCGUUUGUGAACAUGGGACGUAGCUGUAGAUGUCCUCUAACAGACCAGAGGACCCGACUGAACCAGGUCUCAGGGAUACAUCGGUUCUGGGUGGGGUCCAACGUAAACUUCUUCGCUAUAUGUACGUAUAUAUGUAUGUAUAUAUAUCUGAGAAAAAAUUUAACUAGAGAGUGAGAGGACGUAAAAAUACUUGAAAGGGAGUCUGAUGACAACAUCAAGAAAAAGAAGAAGAUAUGCUAUAUGCUGCACCUUAAGUCAGCCAACCAAAAAUCAACAAAUUCGUACACUGUAGCUUCAUCAUGUCGGCUUGUGCCGGAAAUUUUAAAUGUUAAAUUUCGGCCAAGAGGCAGCUAUGUUGGCUCUGCAGUUAACCAGAUCUGUGCCUUUUUUUAGACCCAUGUGCAUUGAUGCAAAAGUGUGUACCACUUCUUCUGUGAUCGUCUUCCUGUUUUAUGUGAAUGUCGUUGGUCGCAUUGAUAUAAAUGUUUCAGUUGAGCAUGAGCAUACGAUGGUUAUUAGACUGAGGAAGUCAGCAGCUAGCCUCGGUUAGCAGAUUUAUGACCCACCAUCAAAUUAACGGUCUGACCACAGAAAUAGAAAGAUGUUAAUGACGACACCAAAUGCAGAAAUAACAAGAGGGGCAAAGGCAACAGAAGAAAUGACCAACGGAGUAACAAACCUACAGUAGCCGUUUGUCAAAAUGUUGUUCAGUCACAUUUCUGAAUCAAGAGAAGGAAGAAGACGUCUUUCUUUUCCAUUUGUCUUUCACUGUGAAUGGUAAUAUUUUAGAGAACAAUUAGAAAAAGUGGAUGAAAACACACGUAAGCUAACAGUGUUUUCAAAUGUACCAACAUCAUUGUAGCCUGAGCGGACUCCUCAGAUUGAGACGGUUAACUGUGUUUACAUUUGGAGACAUACAGUGCAGCGGGUAAGCUCAUUGUAAGUGUUGCUUUUACUUGCAAUUAGG